GAAAAAAUUCAAAUUCGUCGUCAUUUCCAGUUGCUGGCUGCUAGCGAUCGGCGUGUAGAAAGAAGUGCGUCGUGAAUUCGGCAAACUCCUCUUCGGUGUGUGGUUGCAAAAGUCGAACAACGGUGACCAUUCCAGAGACAAGCCGCAAGCGUAAAAAGCCGCAAUUCAGUUCCAGUGUGUGACGGAAAACAAAACGUGGUCCGGUGAAAGGUCGAGCGAGUUGGUUUCACAUUUCGCGCAGUGAAGUGCAGAGAAGAAGAAACCCAUCCCAGCUGAAAAAUGUCUUUCGCGCUGUUACGAAGCCAUAUCCGACCAGCGAUAGCUGUGAUCGAGUGGCAGGUAUGGGCCCUGUCUUCCACACGGGCAUUUACCGAUUUUUCGGCCACCACAGUGAAGACGACCGAAGAAAAGAACUACCUGAAGCAGUGCCAACCCGCCCAGAGCUUCAUCUCUACAUCCGUCCGCAAGUACUCGAAGAAAACGGCCGCCCCAGAACGUGCGUACAACAGCGAUUCCGACUCGGACUCGGAUGACGAGCGUGACGGUGCUCCGCGGCAGCAGCGCCAGCGCAAGGAGCGUGUCUUUCACUUGCCGGAAAGGAAUACGGGCAACUCGGAGUUUUGGCGGCGCAAGAUGCGCACCCUGCACGGUGUGCUGGACGUCAACAAGGAUGGCGUGAUCUCGUACGACGACUUUAUGCUGCUGACCGAGAAAUUCGCCUCGCUGGGCCAUCUUGACGUGAAGGCGAAGAACGAGUUCCGUGACAUUAUGAGAACCACCUGGGAGCAGCAGUGGGGAGAAAUUACGCCCUACAAUCUAGUUACCGUGGAGCAGUACCUGUCCGAGAUGCAUCACGUGGUCAACGAUAAGGAUCUCAAGAAGAAGGUGCACCGCUUCUUGCCCUACCUGUACAAGGCCGUUGACAAGGAUCGUUCGGGGUCGAUCUCGUUGAACGAGUUCAAGCUGUUCUUCCGCUGUCUAGGUCUGACCGAGGAGAAUGCAGCCGUCUCGUUUGCGGUGAUCGAUAAGAAUGGCGACGGACAGAUCACGCUCGACGAGUUCGUGAAGCUCGGCAAAGACUUCUUCGUCAGCGAGAAGGAAACGCACGUUUCGCGCAUGUUCUGGGGACCGCUGGUCGAUCAUUAGAGUGAAGAUCGCCACCGGACAGACACACAGGUACUGCGCGAAGGAAGAGAAGGAAACGCACGUUUCGCGCAUGUUCUGGGGACCGCUGGUCGAUCAUUAGAGUGAAGAUCGCCACUGGACAGACACACAGGUACUGCGCAAUCGAACUUAUUCACUAAUUAACCCAUAGUAGUAGUAGCAUGUAAGUACCUUGGUAUCUUUUAAGCGGAUUGAUUGAUUGUUCUUUGCUUCACCUCGCGAUUCCGAUCAGACAGACCAUUCAACCGGUCGCGAGAGAAAAUGUUGUGAGCACUAAUGCAACGGAAUGUAAGCAUCAUUUGUGAUAGAGCAAUAAAGCGUAUUUUGAAUACAAAACAAAACAAAA